AUGAAGCUACUCAAGGGCAUUAUACAAUUCCAUAGUUUAGCUCGGCUCGGUACUUCAGAAUUGAGGGAGAGAUUUAUAUUUGACCAUGUCACUCAGACUAUCAGUGAAAUAAAGGAUUGUGCAAAUGUAACGAUAAAUGGCUGGAUAGAUAAGAAACCGAAGAAAAUUGGUAAAGAUUUGACAUUUGGAACCUUGCGUGAUACCAAUGGUGAUAAGAUUCAACUAGUAGACGGCGCAUCCUUAUUGAAAGGUCUGAACGUUGAAGACGUCGUUCAAAUACAAGGUGAAGUUGCAUUAAAAAGGUCCAGGGAUAAGAGGAAUGCAGAAUAUGAGAUUAAACUGAAGAAGAUAAACGUUCUAAAUUCAACUAAUGAUAGACCAUCCCAAUUACUCGAGAAAAGUUUGAAAACCGCGUCAUAUCCACAAGAAUAUCGUUAUAUGCAGCUACGAUUACCACAUCAGCAAGAACUACUGGAAAAAAGGUACCAGGUAAACAAAACAAUACGGUCGCUACUGGAUAACAACAACUUUACUGAGAUUGAGACACCAAUACUCUUCAAACCCACUCCAGAGGGAGCUAGAGAGUUUCUUGUCCCCACCAGAUAUUCCAAUUCUCAACCAUUUUUCUAUUCACUAACACAAAGUCCUCAGCAGUACAAACAACUACUAAUGGCUGGAGGAAUUCAAAGAUAUUUCCAGUUUGCAAGGUGUUUCAGAGAUGAAGAUUUAAGGAAGGAUAGACAACCAGAAUUCACACAAUUAGAUCUAGAAAUGGCUUUUGCCUCAGGAUCAGAUGUGAUGGACCUAGUGGAAUCUGUCACGAAGGAUAUUUGGAACACUUUUUCCAAGAAAUCUUUACAUACAUUAAAUUUUGAAACCCAAAAGUUGACAGCUGUAAAAGAUACUAAUAUUUCAAGAUUAACCUACAAAGAUGCAAUGACAAUGUAUGGUAUUGACAAACCAGAUUUAAGAGCACCCAGCUUGAAAAACAUUGAUUUAUCGGAAUUUCAUACGAGAGGUUAUGAAAAUGUAGACUUCCCAGUAUUUGAGGUCUUAAUUUUGAGGAAUGCCAUCUCUUCUGAGCAAGAGUACGAUCAUGAUUUUUCAUUUUUAACCAGUCCAAAGAAUUAUAACAACAGAGUGCCCAUUGGGGUACCCAUUUUAAAUAAGGGAGAUCAAACUAUGUGGUACGAACGGUUUCUUUCCAUAGCAACAUUUGAAAACCCACAUUUGGUUAAUAAAUUCUUGAACCUGAGGCAAGGUGACAUAAUAUUUGGUUCUACUCGCGAAUCCUCUAAUUCAAUAUUUGAAAAUCCAACACCAUUGGGGAGGUUACGCCAGCUGCUACUAGGCAAUAAGAAGGGUCAAAAACUAUUUUAUGAAACCACGGGUGAUGUAAUAACUUGGGUUGUGGAUUUUCCUCUUUUUUCACCUGUACUGGAAUCCCAAAAAAGAGGUACACAGUACCCUAUUUAUUUGAAGAAUCAACUUUCUUCAACUCAUCACCCAUUUACGAUGGUUAAACUGAACGAUUUGGAUCUUCUGAAGGAUUCUCCUUUGAAAUGUUUAGGACAACAUUAUGAUUUAGUUUUGAACGGGAUUGAGCUUGGAGGUGGUUCUACAAGGGUACAUGACGCAGAAUUACAGAAAUUUAUUUUCGACAAGAUCCUGAAGGUUCCAUCUUCAGAUAAACUAUUCACACAUCUAUUAAAUGCUUUUCAAAUGGGAACACCUCCCCACGCAGGGUUUGCUAUAGGUUUUGAUAGACUCUGCGCGGUAUUAUUUUCUCAAGAAAGCAUAAGAGAUGUCAUUGCCUUUCCAAAAAGCAUAAACGGUUCCGACCUCGUUGUAAAAAGCCCAGCAACUGUUGAUGAAAUGGAUCUAAGUCAAUAUAAUCUCGAAUAUUUGAAGAAUACAUCACCAUCAUAG